AUGGUGCUCCGCAAACCUCCCCCACCACGUCUGGAGAACCUCAAUAAGUGGCGUGCUCGAUCGAAUUCCCAACCCUCGUCCUCUUCACCCGUCAACUCCGCAACCCGCGCUCGCCUGAAUCGUGUCCCUUCGCAGGAGUCGGUCUAUUCCCCAGAUCUCAAUACCUCACCAGCCUUCGACUUGAUGCCACUCGAGGAGGCGCAGAGGUCGCCCGUGGGCUCUCCAUCCAGUCACCCGCCGAAUUCCUGGUCGGAGAGCUUGGGCGACCGCCCAGCCACCUCGGGCUCAUACCAGACAGGUCCAGAUCCCAAAGGUGCAUGGGCUUCCUCAGCACCCAUGCAUGGCUCACAGGGCGAUGCCGAAGGUGGCUGGCAGCCAGCACCUGGGGAUAAAGUUACUAUGACGGGGGAAGUACCUGUACAACUACGAUCGAACAACCCUUUUUUGAAGCCGAGAACGUCCGACUCGAGGCAUGAAUACUUGGAACCGCACGAGUGGGAUAAUCGUCAUUCACAUGCCACUACAAGCAGCGAUCCUUUGAGUCAAUCCGAAGGAUAUAUCCCGAUGACAGCCCGUCUAUCUUUGCUUGACUCGUCGGGGAACGAAUCCCCAUGGAAUGAAGCAGAGCAUUCCCAUGCUGAUGCGCAGCAUCAUUACAAUGACAGAUCGCAUGAUGCGUCUCCAUGGGGAUCACAGCAUUCGAUCAAGAUAUCAGCGCCCCAGGAAAUAUAUCUGCAGGGCGGGCAGUCUAACCCUUACGCCCCAGCGGUAGUUGUGCAGCCCUCGGAUCCUCAAGAUCCGCAUGCAUCACAGACGACAUAUAAUGAAGGACGCCUAGGGUCAGAUGCUGGAAUACGGACCCCAUCAGCGAUCUCCAGUGGCACCUCAGCUACGUCACACGAGCUAAUAGAUUUGGAUGGCCCUGAGACUUUCGGGGUUGAGACUGGGUCUCAUCUGCCCGCCUCGUCAAUCUACUCAUCUGGAGCUGAAACGAAAGGCGAAAAGGUGUCUUCUGAUACCCAUUUCCAUCAAGAUAAAUCUUCCAUGCUGCUGCCUCCAGAUGGUAUACGGGAACAAACAUCAUCGGCAUCAAGCACCAGUUUUCCUACUGCAGAUGCGACCAGACAAAUGGAACAAAGAUCCGAGACUUAUUCGAUCCGGCAAAUCAAUUGGACUGACCGAACGGGGCAAUUGCUUCAGUCGCCCAUCUUGGUUCAAAAUCUGAAUGGACCCUGCCCACUCCUCGCUCUAAUAAAUGCCCUCGUGCUUCGUUCGGGUCCCAACAUGCAAAGUCCCAUUGUCAGGGCAUUACGCACGCGUGAGCAAAUCUCGUUAGGCUUACUCAUCGAGGCUUUAUUUGAAGAGUUGACUACUUGUCUGGGCCCCCAUGAGGAGUUUCCGGACAUUGAGGCACUCACCAGAUUUCUCACCAUGUUGCAUACUGGCAUGAACGUCAAUCCUCGACUAAUCUUGGUAAGCAUGGCUUUUCCCAUCCCGUAG